AUUCAUCACUUUCUAUUUUCACCUCAAAAAUUCAAAUCUCUCUCUUCCACAUCAAUGGCGUUGGAAUGGGUUGUUCUCGGCUACGCCGCCGGAGCCGAAGCCAUAAUGCUGCUUCUAUUAACGGUUCCCGGUCUUAACCCGCUUCGCAAAGGGCUAAUUUCCGUGACCCGGAAUCUCCUCAAGCCAUUUCUCUCCAUUGUACCCUUUUGCCUCUUUCUGUUAAUGGAUAUCUACUGGAAAUACGAGACCCGACCCACUUGUGAAUCCGAAUCUUGUUCUCCAUCGGAGUACCUUCGUCAUCAGAAAUCAAUCAUGAAAUCUCAGCGUAAUGCUCUUCUGAUCGCCUGUGCUCUGGUGUUCUAUUGGUUAUUGUACUCUGUUACUGGCCUUGUUGUGAAAGUUGAGCAGCUGAAUAAGCGGGUGGAGAAGAUGAAGGCUUCGGAUUGAUCCGAUCCGGUUUGAUUUGAUGGAUCGGGUUUCUGGAUCUUUUGUUUUCGGGUCGGUUAAGCUCCAGUUCUUAUGGUGUAAUUGCUUAAUUUGGAUCAUCUAGGAAGUUUUCGGUAUCUCUUUAACAUAUGUUAUUUUACUAUGCUAAUUUAACUAAAAUUUUAAAUUUUGAUGUUAUUAUUGA